AUGACCGCGUUUGUUUACUUCCACCUGGGGGGUAACGCCAAUCUAAAUUUUGCAAGCCCUAAGGUGGGAAAGUGGCCCGAAAAAAGUGCGCCGUUGCCCUACUCCUCCAUUCUGUGCAAAACCAUCGACAUUGUCUUCCCACCCUCUACGAUACGCCCUCUAGUUACGGUAUCUCUCCGGAGCAGGAUAAUUCAAGAUGUCAGUUUUGCCCGACAGCAUUGCGCCAGCUCUCGACGAAUAUUGCGAUUUACUAACAUUCGUGCCAGGGCGACCGAGUUGACCGUCCAGUCGGAGCGUGCUUUCCAGAAGCAGCCUCACAUCUUCUUGAACUCCAAGACCAAGACCAAGAGCGCCCGACCGGGUAAGGGAGGACGACGAUGGUACAAGGAUGUUGGUCUGGGUUUCCGUACCCCCAAGACCGCCAUUGAGGGCAGCUACAUCGACAAGAAGUGCCCUUUCACCGGUCUCGUCUCUAUCCGUGGCCGUAUCCUGACCGGCACCGUCGUUUCCACCAAGAUGCACCGAACCGUCAUCAUCCGAAGAGAGUACCUUCACUACAUCCCCAAGUACUCUCGUUACGAGAAGCGACACAAGAACCUUGCCGCCCACGUCUCUCCUGCUUUCCGUGUUGAGGAGGGUGACCAGGUUACCGUUGGCCAGUGCAGGCCUCUCUCCAAGACUGUCCGCUUCAACGUCCUCCGCGUUCUGCCCCGAACUGGCAAGGCGGUCAAGUCCUUCUCCAAGUUCUAA